AUGGCCGAUUCUGUAGCUUCUAUUGGGAACCGAUAUAUCGAUAACAAUGAUACUGAUAUGCAUUUCCUCCGAACAUGGGCGGUCAGAAGAUGUCAACACACCGAUUGGGAUGUAUGUGAGAGAAUCCGAUUAUGUGAAUUGAAAGAGGCGAGAGAUAGAGCUGCUCAAAUGGAGAAAACAAUGAGAUGGUGGUCAAGUUGUACAGCUGAUUGGCGAAAUCGGUGGAGUGCUGUACGAGAUGAAAGAAAUCGAGCUCGUGAAGAAGCGGAAACACUCAGACAUAAUUACGAUUUACUUUUGGAAGAGAAACGAUCACUUGCUGAGCAACUCUAUCAUGUCGACUCAGAAUCUGAUGAGCCGAAACCAGAAAUUUUGAAAACAGAAAUCGAUGGAACGAAAAGAAAUGCGGUUGUCCAGACCAUUCAUUCAAUACCAUGUGAUCCGCCUUCAAUUCUCAUCACCAGUUUCUCACCAGCUCAAGUCGAAGCAGUCCUACGUGAGCCAAGUGUUGAUGAGUCUGUUGAAACUGUGAAAUCGGACAUAAAUGAACAACUGAAAGCGGAGAAUGAAUUUCUGAAAGAUCAAGCAACUGAGCUGCAGAAAUAUCGGGAUAAAAUUGAAACAGAUGGCAAGACGAUUGAGAAUCUUCGUUUGCGUAUUCAAAGUAUGGAAAGAGAAUUGUUGUCAGCUAAGAAUUCGAAAAGGGCAAGCAGUUCUUGA